CUGGCGAGCUGGGUACCUCUGGGCGCGAGCCACAAGGUGCUGCGCCCAGUAAACUUCUCACAAGCCACAACCCAAACCCAUGGGCUUGAAUCGGAAUCAUUCUGGACUUGCAACCUUGGAAGUCAUUGAUAAGCUAAUUACCCCUGUCCCUCAUAAUGGUACUGUUGGUAUGGUAUUACGGAGAUUUCGGUCCGUUGUCAUGCCCGAACCCGCAGACGUACCUGCUGUGAGGUAAGCAAGAGGGGAGAAGUUGGGCACUGUAGUAUUCCAAGCAAAGAGCGGAAUAGACUACCCCUCCUAGAGGUGCAUCAUAUCUUAUGUUGCGCUUGACAGUCUCUUGGCGGAGCUGAUUCUUCUGCUGUGCAACGGCAUUACCUCACACCCUCAAACACCAAUCGUCUAUAACCGAAACUAUGAGCGACUUAGAUGACAUGCCUGUCUUGAAAAAGACAGCCCUAAUUACAGGAUGCAGCGAUGGUGGCCUGGGGGCUGCUAUGGCCAAGGUCCUCCACGAAAAUGAUUACUAUGUUUUUGCAACAGUGCGAAAUACUUCCAAAGCGCAAACGUUAAGAGAUCUGAAGAAUGUUGAAAUCUUGGAGCUUGAUGUCUCGUCUAAAGAUUCAAUUGCUCGGUGUGCUGAAAAGGUCAAACAACGCACCAGUACACUCAACAUGCUGAUCAAUAAUGCUGGCUGCGACUUUCACACGCCAAUUCUUGACACCGACAUUGAAAAGGCUAAGGCAUUCUUUGAUGUGAACUUCUGGAGCGUCAUAGUCGUCACACAAGCUUUUGCGGACUUGAUUAUUCAGUGUCAGGGUGUCAUUGUUAAUUGCAGCUCUGUCUUAUGGAAUAUCCCGACCCUCUGGGCCGGUAUAUAUACAACGUCUAAAGCAGCAGUCAAGCAAACAUCUGAAACGAUGCGCGUCGAGUUGGAACCACUGGGCGUACGGGUAGUGACUGCGAUAAUCGGUUCAGUGGAAACCAACUUUUUCAACAACGCACUCACCGAGCCAUUCCAGUUGCCUGCAAGCUCUUACUAUAAGCCUAUUAAGGAUCGUCUUGAAGAUGAGCGAAGGGGGGGGAAUAUUCAGGGCCGAGCAAAUGUCAGCAUCACAGCUCGGGAGAUAGUUAGCGAUGUCCUUGGUGGAGCGAAGGGUUGCAUCUGGCGGGGUGGAAAAUCGACUAAUGCAAAGUGGCUUACUUGGUUACUCCCAAUAUGGGCCUUGGAAUGGCUUGUGAAUGGAUCGAGGGGCUUGGAAGAGUUAAGGCAAUACUAUGUAAACAAGUAGUUACAUUUGCGCCCGCGAGGCUGCGCGGUAGAGGUUUUCAUGAUGGCCACCGUCUGGGAUCAUCAACCUAUUGAAUGACUUCACAUCAUGUUUGACG